AUAGUCUGUACAGUGUGGCACGAUUUGAAAUAUCUCAUUCGUCUUUUAAAGUGUGUCUAUCUAUCCUCGCAAGAAUGGAUUCUUCGCCCAUUGAAUUUUUUCUUAAAAUAAAUCCUCAACCCGGUGCCGUGCUUAUAUAUACCAAAAUUCCAUCCCAUAGAAUGCAAUAUACAGGCUUCAGUUACCAGAUUAUCUAAUAAUUCAUCUUGCAUUCAUAAAAAGCGAAGAAUCACUAAGGGAAACAGAGAGGCCCACGGCACGAGUUUCCGAUGAAGGCGCCUUUGGGGUCUGAUGCAGGCUCUGCCGUUGGCUCAGGGUCACGAGUAGCAAGCUAUUCCUCCCGCUUGCGGUCUUGCUUCAAUGUGCAACCUGUGGCUGUGGACCCGAAGCAUGGUUCUCCGAUGACGACGCCUUGGGGUUUUGCGGUUGGCCCUGGUUCUCGGGCAACAAGUUCAGCAUUCGGCUCGGCGACGGGUUCGGGGUCACGGGUGACGAGGUCCUCCUCGCGUUUGUGGCCAUGCUUCAGUGUGCACCCAGUAGCAGCGGAUCCGAAGCAUGGGUUUCCGAUGACGCCGCUUUGGGGUUCUGCGACGGGUUCAGGAUCACGGGCAAGGAGUUCUUCGGUUUCUCUCUUCUGCCCGUGCACAAGAGUGCAACCAGGAGCAGAGGAUCCGAAGCAUGGCGUACCGUUGGUGAUGCUUCCAUGGGCUGAGAGAGGUGCUCCUAGGAUGGAAGGGAGGAUGGAGAGGAUGAUUGCGGUGAUGGUGAGCCCGGAUGAGAACUGCAUGGUGAUGAUAAUAUCUGGUGAUAUGAUUGACUUGAAAGAAAGGGAUGAUGUCGAAGGUAAUUCAAAGGUGUGGAGGGGGAUGUGAUGAGAAACGGUGUGUGAGUAUAGUAAUGACUAGAUGAGAUGUGGAGUUGAUACCGAUGAUGAGAGACACAAGAGCUUGUUGACGCUACUUAAGUAUCUGGAAGGUGUCUAGGAAGACCAAAAUACACCUAGGGAACUCUCAUUGACGUUAUUUCGGGGUAGCAGAAGUCCGAAAAUAAUGCCGACAACCUCUAG